GAGUCUUCCGUGUGCCUUUCUGACAUACCAAGGUAUUUAAAAUUGUCAACUUUCACCAUGUUUUGUCCAUACAGCUUCAGGCUCUGAUUUUUAUGCUUUUCUUCCUUCUUCUUGUUUUUUUAUUGGCGGUUGGUAUGCAACUUAUAACCGAAGAGCGGCAGUAUGCAGCGUCCUGAUUGGACAAUAUUGCUGUUUUAUGAUUGGUCGAACCCUCUGAUGGAUUCAUGUGCUACUUAAAAAUCGGAGUAUGUACAUGUAUAAUUUAAUGAUUUAUGGUGUCCUUGACCUCAAUGCAAAGCAUUUGACGUCGCAGCAUUCAUACAAAUGUACAUCUUUUAAGUGUAUUCUAUUCUCCCAGUUUUACUUCUUCACACACUCACAAACACAAGCUCCCAACUGUCAAGAAAAUAGUUUCGUAUUAUUAUUUGAGAAAACAAACGCAACACACGGAAUAAACAAAGCUCCAAAUCUCACACUUACAAUUAAAUGUGUAUGCUAAGUUUACAUGUUACCGAGAGUGCGAAUUUUUAUCAGUGUACUACUGUCCCAAAGCUAUUCCUGUAGUACCGAAAUGUCGAUUUUAAUAUUUACCCGCUUUGUGAAUUGUACCCACAAUGCUACGUAGCCAAAUGGCAACGAUUGUGUUUAUUUUCUUCCAAGUAUAUGUUUACUUAUUUAUUUAUUGGCGACGAAUCAGUGUAGUUUGGGUCCAUCUCUACACACUCACCAUUUGGGGCGUGUUAAGUACAACAUUCGGGUACUGCAGUGUGAACGCACUAAACGCACUCAAAAAGCUAAGCGGAAGUGCGCGAAUUGAAACACAGGCAAACAUUUUAAUUGCAUGAUUUAGUUUCAAAUACAUAUGAUGAUUGUUCAGAAUAUGUAACGUGUACUACUCUUAUAAUAAAAAAAAGAAAAAUAAAGACUGAUGCUUUAGGGGACACAUUGGUACGAAAAUGUGAAGCACCGGAAGGAAUUAAGGGUUGCACAUAUCGGUGUUACAUGACCUGUGUGUGUCAGACAGGUGUGCGUUCCCUGUCUGUGAGUCAUCAUAUGCUGGCCAGGCCUAAUAAACACAAAGAUGACCAGGAGGAGGUGAAUAACGAGCCCAUUAAGUUCUCCACCAGCAAAGCCAGUCACAGGACUUGGAAUGUUGACCGCUCCAUGGGGAGUCACUAUGAACGACCCUGGUGGAAAGUCCUCCCCCUCAGUGCAGCAGUAGUGAGCUUCCUGUUGUGGUGUGCCACGAGAGAUGAGUCGGACAUUGACAAACAAUUGGAGAAGGAUCUUUAUCAGCGUUUACCUGGAUUGCUCUCAGAUGACGAUGAGAAAAAAUAGGAUGUGUAUAAAUGUAAUUUAAAAAAAGGGUGUUUCAAUUUCAUAACUGACCUGUGUUGAUUAAAAUGGUUGACUAUUGUGUAGUCGGUAUUGAAUGCAUUAUUUGCA